AUGGGCGAGCUAUUUGGAGACUAUUCGUACCUGCAGGUUGAAGGUCUCGAUCAUGACUCCGCCGACCGGCUAUCCGAUCUUUUUGGCCAGUUUACUGGUCAAGACUGUUUCGUCACGGAGAAGUGUACCGACGGAGCUUCGGGCGAGCGUGGAGCUGGUCAAGUAUGCCCUGCUGGGACCACGUCCGUCGAGACCGCCCACAACCCCUUGCAAAGACACCCCAUGCCCCUUUCAGGUGGAACAUGCAAUAAGGGAUGGUACCGCCAUAUCUGCUGUCCGAAAAGCUCGAUGCCCCAAGACUGUGAAUGGAACGGCGAACCAGAGCGUAACGUGUUUGGGUGCAGCGGAAAAUGCGGCCCGGGCACGUUCGAGCUCAACACCGACACAGCCAUCGAGCACAAAGGAAAUGAGCAAUGUUACUCUGGAAAGAGGUCCUUGUGUUGCCGCAGUACCAAGGUCAUUGACGAUUGUAUCUGGAGCGGCUGUCAAGGACUUCUUGCCCCUAGCCAGAACCCUGAGUGCCCCGACGGCUACGACUACCAGACGUACCGCUACAACAAGCCAGAAGGUGUCGGUCUCUGUCGAGAGGAGUAUGUGUCACCCGUUUCAGGAAAGAAGGGUAGUCCUUUGAUGGAGCCUUUCAAGAGCGCAUUGUGCUGUCCCAAAGGUCGCAGCUACAGCAACUGCAACUGGGCCAACAACCCGCAAUCCUCUUCUGAUUUAGAGUACGGCAAUCCAGAACUUUACUGUCUGCCCCAACCUUGCAAGUAG